UGCUGUAAAGCAGACAAACGAAUCUCUCUCUUUCUCUCUCUCACCACGAUAACGAAAGGUAAACACCCAACCAACUCUCUCUCUCUCUCGAGAACACACACAUGGCUUGUCGGCCAAAUCCAGUGUAGCCAUCGAGUACUCGCCGCUGGAAACUCACCGGAAUCUGGCUCAUUUACCCAUUUAGGUCUCAUUCUCUGAACUUCUUUGUAUUUGUACUAUACCACUACUAGUACUUUUUAGCAUUGGAGAUCUCUCAAGUCGAGUGCUUCAGAACUUGGCACAGAGAAAGAGGCUGAGAUGUACGUGGUUCCUCCUCCGAAGCGGUCAGAUCCCAUACCCGGAUCCACUAUUGGAUCAGGUGAUCUACUGAUUUACCAGUCAUGGAAAGGCAGCAAUAUAUUCUUUCUUCAGGGACGGUUUAUAUUUGGACCGGAUGUUAGGUCACUGCUGCUAACCAUAUUCCUCAUUGUUGCUCCAGUCACAACUUUCUGUGUGUUUGUUGCUAGAAAACUGAUGAAUGAUUUCCCUGACAAUUUCGGAGUAUCAAUUAUGGUUGUGGCUGUUGUCUUCACAUUUUAUGUUUUAGUUCUUCUCUUGCUAACAUCCGGAAGAGACCCUGGCAUAAUUCCUCGUAAUGCACACCCUCCAGAACCAGAAGCUUAUGAUGGGAGUGCAGAUGGUGGUGCCCAAACCCCACAGUUGCGCUUGCCUCGCAUCAAGGAAGUCGAGGUGAAUGGGAUUACAGUGAAGAUCAAGUAUUGUGAUACAUGCAUGCUAUAUAGACCUCCCCGCUGCUCACAUUGUUCCAUCUGCAACAAUUGCGUUGAAAGAUUUGACCACCACUGCCCUUGGGUCGGGCAGUGUAUUGGACUGCGGAAUUAUCGAUUCUUCUUCAUGUUUGUCUUCUCGACGACUCUUCUUUGUAUAUACGUCUUUAGCUUUUGCUGGGUUUACAUUACGAGGAUUAUGGAUUCAGAGGAGACGACAGUCUGGAAGGCAAUGAUCAAGUCCCCUGCCUCCAUUGUGCUUAUAGUUUACACCUUCAUAUCCGUGUGGUUUGUAGGCGGCCUUACUGCUUUCCAUUUAUAUCUCAUCAGUACAAAUCAGACUACCUACGAGAAUUUUAGAUAUCGAUAUGAUCGGAGAGCAAACCCCUAUAACAAAGGGGUGGUGCAGAAUUUCAAGGAGAUAUUCUGCACCAGCAUCUCUCCAUCCAAGAACAAUUUCAGGGCAAAGGUGCCAAAAGAACCAGGGUUACUGAGUCGAUCCUCGGGUGGGGGUUUCGUUAGUCCAAACAUGGGGAAAAGUGGGGACAUAGAAAUGGGGAGGAAAGCAGUUUGGGGGGAUAUGGGGGCCGGGCUAGAUCGUUGUGAAGGCCAACGUAGGGGCAACGAUGGCCUGGACGUUAAGGAUAACAGGCCAGUUGGGGAAAUGUCUCCAGAGUUAAGGACAGCUGUAGAUGAAGGUGAUCGUGUCGGAAUACAGCACCAUCAUGGUAGGCGGCCGAGUUGGGGGAGGAAGAGUGGAAGCUGGGAAAUGUCUCCAGAAGUUCUUGCUUUGGCAUCUAGAGUUGGUGAAAAAACCCGUACAGGUGGAAGCAGUAGUAGCAGCUUGACAAUGUCCCGACCUACGGAACAGAAGCUGUGAUCAAUGGUUGAGAGUGAGAGAGAGAGAGGUGUGCCGAGUAUGGAGCAAGUUGUUAGAGGCAUGAUGCUUGGUGGUUAAGCUUCCAUGUCAUUUUUCAGUGCAAUAUAUGUGGGACUUGCUUUGGAAGGGUGUUAGCAAGUGGUGUUGGUUCGGUUAUUUGUGCUUAGGAAGGAAAUGGUUUGGGUGUGUUGUGUGGGAGUUGCUUUCCACUUGAUUUGUAUUGCAUUUGUGAAUUCAGUUA